AUGCAACAGAAUCAGCUUUCCCUGUGUUUCUUUCAUCUACCUUCAGAUACGUAUCAAUGGAUUAGCAUUAACUGUGGAGCAGAAUCAUACACUUUGGACACUAAGAAUCUGAUCAAUUGGGAGCCUGACAAUGAAUACAUUCAGACAGGAAUGAACAAGAAUGUCACACAAACAUACAUAAACAUCACCAUGCAAAUGAAAAACUUGAGAUACUUCCCACAAAACACAAGCACUCCAAAUUGUCACUCUUUCAUCACCGAUGAUAUUGGGAAGUAUAUUAUACCGGCAAGCUUCUAUUAUGGCAACUAUGAUGGCCUAAUGAAGCCACCAACCUUUGAUGUAUCAGUGAAUGGAUUCAAGUGGAUGACAGUGGUGACUUCUUCAAGCCAAGAUAAACCCAUAGUCAUCGAAGCCAUCUUUAAACUUGAUCAUGAUUAA